UACAUGAAGAUAAAGAGCCCAUCUUUGAUAGCCAAGGAUGACUUGCCUAUGUUGCUUGCUAUUGGAGGUCCUUGAGCCUGACCAAGAGCCUCAAUACGGGCUCAUAGGCAGUCAUCUUGGCUAGUUUAAGUGGCUCUUAUUUGUCAUGCUAGGCCUACAUCUCUUCCUUGUUUGCAAUGAGCGAAGCUUGAUAUCGUCGAUAUGGGCAAAUUGUUUGGAAUAAUGUUCAAGAACACAUUUCAAUCGGGUUUCUUAUCUAUUUUAUAUAGCCUUGGGAGUAAACCAUUGCAAAUAUGGGACAAAGAAGUUGUCAAUGGGCAAAUUAAACGUCCGCAGGAUGAAGAUAUCCAUUCUAACGUACUUGAAAUCGUUGGAUCAAAUGUGCAGUCUACAUACAUUACAUGCCCUGCUGAUCCUGCUGCAACACUUGGCAUAAAGCUUCCAUUUUUCAUCAUGGUUGUGAAGAACUUAAAGAAAUACUUCACCUUUGAGAUCCAAAUUCUGGAUGAUAAGAAUGUCCGCCGGCGCUUCAGGGCAUCAAAUUUUCAAGCUGUAACGAGGGUGAAGCCAUUUAUCUGCACCAUGCCCCUAAAAUUGGACGAUGGGUGGAAUAAUAUUCAGUUAAAUCUUGCUGAUUUCACAAGGAGAGCAUAUGGCACAAAUUAUGUGGAGACCCUUCGAGUCCAAGUCCACGCAAAUUGCAGACUGAGGAGGAUUUACUUCUCUGACCGCCUUUACUCUGAAGAAGAGCUUCCACCAGAAUUUAAGCUCUAUCUUCCUACACAGAAAGCAUAGAAACCUCAAGGAGAGAGACGGUCAAAAAUAUCAAGAGGCUUACUCCUGUUGUAGAACAUGCUGAACCCUGUGAAGGAGGUCACGACCUUGUGAGGAUCUAACAGCUGAUCUCCUUUGAAGAUGCCUUACGUAGAUUAUUACGCUCUAUGCCAUCCUGAACUUGUUGCUGUAUCUUGCUACUUCCAACUAAUAACUUUUUGAUAUUGUUCGUCGUUAUUGCCAAGUGGUUUAAAAAGGAGUUUAAAUAGGCAGAGUUUGAACUAUGUAUCUGAAAAGCCAUGCCUAUCUUAAAGGUUAUUCGAGGCAUGAGGAUUUUUUGCAGCAGGGUGCAAGUGUUCGUGUCAAAUUUCGCAAACUCUUUUCGAGUUCACAUAAACUUCUUGCAUCACUAUGUGAUAAAUAAGCCUGAAAUGUUCCAUGGAGUGAAUUACGAUGUAACAGCAGUAGUACACUGACAGUACAUCACUUGAAUUACACUGUAACAACAA